UAGUAGGGUCACUGAUCAACUGCCGUAUUUGACACAAGAUUGUAUCAUCAGCAUAAAAAUGGACAUUGGAGUUCUCAGAAUUUAUCGACAAUUUCUAGACUUGAUUUGAAAGAGCCAGUAAAAUGGACUACUACUGAUUGUGCAGUUAAAAUUAUGAAGUCUAUCAGAUAAAGUGUGUAUAGAUGGACGACUCAUUUGUUUCUUUAUCUUUAGGUGAACACCCACUCAUGGAUCUGACCAUCUGAAAGCAUCUGAAAAUCUACUGUACGGGACCAUACAAACCUACAUUAAAUGGUACAAAGUACAAGGAUGACAGAGAGGAAGCUUGACAGAACCCCAAAUGUACAAGCCUUGUUCAACAUCUCCUUCACAUGAAAAUCACUUCAUCCCUCACAAUGUCAUUCAGACGUGGAGUUCCUCCCAACACCAGUGUCUCGGUACUCCAUGACUUACUCAGCUCCUCCUCUCCCUCCACCACUACUCCAUCUCCAUCUUGCAGCAUAGACGAAUCCUACAAGUACAUCUUCCUCCCCAUCUGUUACUCUUUCACGUUCCUCUUCAGCAUCUUCCUGAACUCUGUCAUUCUCUACCGUUCCUUUCGCCAAACCAAGCGCUGGAAUGCCUCACUGAUCUACAUGGUGAACCUGGCAUCUACAGACUUCAUGUACGGCCUGUCACUGCCAUUCCUUGUGGCUAGCUACAUCAUGCGCGACCGCUGGGUCUUCGGGGACUUCAUGUGUCGCCUGGUCCGUUUUCUCUUCUACUUCAACCUCUACUGUUCCAUCUUCUUCCUCACUUGUAUCUCUGUCCACAGGUACCUCGGUAUCUGCCACCCGAUGAGAGUCAUCACCCUAGAGACUAAGAAGGCUGUCAAGAGCACUUGUAUCCUGGUUUGGAUUGUAGUGUUUGCUUUGACCUGCCCCAUCUUCCGGUUUGCUCAGACUGGUCAUGUGACAAGAACGGGUGGGCUUGGUGACAACGCAAGCAGUAUUGACAACCUAAGCCAUGAGGUGUCAUCGAUAAAUGUUAAUGCCAGCUAUGGUAACAUGGGAGGGGUCAUUGAAGAGUACCAGAACUGUUGGGAUGAUGCCAUAGAUAAGGAGUUUUCAGAUUACGUACCCUAUGGCAUCAUACUCCAUUUACUGGGUUUUUUUGUGCCUUUUUCCAUUAUUGCUUGGUGUUACUCUCACGUUGUUCUGACCAUAUUUAGGACUCUGCAUUCUCAGCCCUCAUCCCGCAGAGGUCUGAGCGAGGGGGGACGUGAAAGAAUAGCGAGGAAUGAGAGAAGUAGCCCUGCAAUAGUUGCAAGAGGUCCAAGAGGAAGCAAUGGACUGUCGAGGACAUUAAGAAGAGAUGAAGGGACUUCCAUUUUCCUUGGUGCCCACUCCCCUUAUGCCAAUCGCAGACGUAAAUCUAUCAAGACCAUCAUCACCAUCACCCUUCUCUUUGCCCUGUGUUUCUUCCCCUUUCAUGUUACAAGAACCAUCUUCCUCCUGCUAAAAGUGACCAAGGGAGUCCCCUGUCACACUAUGACCAUGGUGUCCAUGUGCUAUAAGAUCACGAGGCCUUUGGCGUCAUUCAACGCAUGGCUCAACGCCCUCCUUUACUUCCUGACUAAAGACAAGGGGGGAGCUCACUGCUGCCAGGCGGUAAGCACCUCCACCCAACAACAUGGUGGGCUUCUAUUGCCACUGAGGAUGAUGGGAAAAGGAGAGGAUGCAGAGGAGGGAGGGCUGGAAGACAGAAUUGACAAUAAGGAGAAUAAAACGUUUCACAGUCUGUCAUACAUGAACAGAGCAAAGGUCAGAUAUAUAGUUGAAUGAAUGUUUCCAUGAGGAAUGAAAGAAAUCAUUUUAGAUAAACUGUAGGUUGACUUUUACUGGAAAACAAAAUAUAUAUUAUAUGAUAUAAUAUAAUCACUGUAGCAAAAGCAAUGAUUGAGGAAGACCCAAGCUAGAAUUCUAAUAUGCCUUUUAUUUCUAAUUGUAUGUGCCUUAUUACUGGUCUGCUACCAGUCCUAUGAAAGUGACCCACUGAGUACAUGCAACGUGAAUGCAAAUGUGACAGCUCAUUAUGGUGAUAAUCUGUUAUUUUGUUUUAAGGGGUGUAUAUUUAUAAUGUGUUUCAGAUUAAACCAAGCAAAAAUGUUUCUACCUGUUCCGAAUGGCUACAUUCGAAAAGCCCAUGGUCAUAGAAAGGGACACUUUCAGACAGUCUCUCCAUGAAGGCAUACUUGUAUACCUUUUCACACCUUGCCAGUGGCAGUUGUAAAGUGGGUGUGUAAAUUGGCUUGCAGGUUUUAGGAAGUUACAAAUAUUGUUGCGGUCGGCAAGUGUUUGAUGAGGGGGUUCAGAUGCUUAUCUGACAAACUGUGUUUGGCAAGCUAUACUGUUGUUGUGGUGUGACAUUAGAUAUGCAAGUGUUUUGUGAAUAUUCUGUUGAUAGUGUGCUGGUUACUUUUGACUUGGAAAUAAAUACACUUCAUUUGGAGAAUCAGAAAUGGCAAAAUAAAAUGCAUUUUAAUCUGGGAAGAUACGCUAAAUCGAUCCGACGCUCCACUUAUAUG